AGGCUGGCUGAAAUCGGCAGCAGAGGAAUCUGCCCGACUGGCAUCGAAGCUGUCCAUGGUCUACUUGAACCAAGUCCGAACGUUGGACGUCCUUCUCCAAGCGGAGAAGGAGAUGUUAGCGCCUUUGCUCGCAAAAGUGGUGUUCAAGAAGAACGACAGCAUCUUGAGAUUCGGCGAGGAGGAGACCUCCAUGUAUAUCCUGGCCGAGGGCACCGUUCGUGUGGAAGACGACAAGGUCGUGGAGUUGGAGGCCUACUUGACGGAAAACCAGCAGCACCUGGUGGUGCACACCUUUGGCGAGAGAGCGCUCAUCGGUGAUGGCUUUAACAGCGACAUGAGCGUCAAGAUCAGCUCGCCGGAGGCUACCUGCUAUCGCCUGGACGGUGUGGAUUUCAUCUCCAUGCUGGGCUCCAUCGAAGAGAUCCUCCAGCAGAGCCGCAGGGGGCUGGACUUCCAGGGUUUGGACACUGAUGCGCCGAUGAACACCUCCCGCCUGGUACAGUUCCGGAAGAAGGACCUGCAACGGGUGUCCUUCUUGCGAGCGGGGCAGUUUGGCAACCUGGAGUUGUGGUGCCACACCCUGACAGGCGUGCAAUACAUGGUGAAAGCAGUGUCCAAGGGCUACAUCAUGGAGCAAGGCUUGCAAAAGAAGAUCAUCCAGGAGCGGGAUAUCAUGAUGAUGCUGGACUCCUCCUUCACCAUUUCCCUCUUUCAGACCUUCACAGGUGAGCAGAUGCUGUACUUCCUCAUGGAAACUGCCCUUGGAGGAGAUCUUUACACUGCCUACCUGAAGAAUGCCCUCCACGGCUCUCAGCGCCACGCCGUCUUCUAUUCGGCGCUGGUGGUCUUGGCACUGGAGCAUCUCCACGGGAAGAAGGUCGCCUACCGGGAUCUGAAGCCGGAGAAUGUCUUGCUGAGCUCCACCGGCUACGUGAAGCUGGUGGAUUUCAGCCUGGCGAAGGUGGUGAUCGGAAGGACCUACACCAUCGUCGGCACGCCCGAGUACCUGGCGCCCGAGAUGAUCGGCGUCUCCGGUCACAACCAGGCAGUGGACUGGUGGGCUUUGGGAAUCUUCAUCUUCGAGCUUUUGUCAGGUCAGACGCCCUUCGAAGGGUCCAACCCCAUGCAGACCUUUGGAAAGACCAUGGCCGGCGUGGAAAAGGUUACCUUCUCCUCAAAGGUCAGCUCCGGAGCACGGCGGCUGAUCGAGGGCCUGCUGAAGCGCUCCCCUGCCUUUCGCCUUGCCAUGAAGAAAGGUGGAGUGCAGAAUGUCAAAGAUGCUGAUUGGUAUGGAGACGUAGAUUGGAGAAAGCUACAGAUGCAAGCCGAAGACGCGCCCUUGAAAGGCUUGUCCAUGGAGACCGCCAACUUCCAUAGCCACGAGCAGCGGAAGGCGCCCUUCGUUCCCUUCGAGGAUGAUGGCAGCGGCUGGGCGGAGGCUUUUGCCAGCUGGAACAUGAAGUCAGAAAAUGUGGAGUUCUGAGAAAUGCUGAGGCUCUUGCCCUCAAGGAUGUGAGUACUAAAGCAUAUGUUCGGAC